UGGGCCCUUGAGGCCCCGCCCCGGAAGCGCCGUCCAGUCAGUGGGCUGCCGGGCGGCGGCCAUGAUGGCGGCGGGGGAUCCGCAGCGGGGCUACGGCGGGGGGGCCGCCAUGCCCGAGGCCUCCUUCCUGUGGGGCGUCUUCCAGCGGGUUGAUAAAGAUAGGAGUGGAAUAAUAUCUGAUACUGAACUCCAGCAGGCAUUGUCCAACGGCACGUGGACUCCAUUUAACCCCGCCACAGUCAGGUCAAUCCUUGGCAUGUUUGACAGAGAAAACAAAGGUGGCGUGAACUUCAAUGAAUUCACGGGAGUCUGGAAGUACAUCACAGACUGGCAGAAUGUCUUUCGAACGUAUGAUAGAGACAAUUCUGGAAUGAUUGACAAAAAUGAGCUAAAGCAAGCACUAACAGGUUUUGGUUACCGCCUGUCUGAUCAAUUCUACGAUAUCCUUAUUCGGAAGUUUGACAGACAAGGAAGAGGCCAAGUUGCUUUCGAUGACUUUAUUCAGUGCUGUGUUGUUUUACAGCGGCUGACUGAUGUAUUCCGACGUUACGAUACUGAUCAGGACGGCUGGAUUCAGGUGUCCUAUGAGCAGUACCUGUCUAUGGUCUUCAGCAUCGUAUGACAUUGACAACUCGGAAUUCCACCCUGGCAUUGUACAGACUGGAGUUGCCAAAUCAUCAUGUACUGAAUCAGAUUAUCGCUGUAUUAUAAUGGAUAUAAUUUCACAUUCUUAAAUUUUGUACGUUCGUCAUCCCCUUCAGAAUCUGUACUUGAGUUGGUUUUCGUUUUGUAUUACUGUAAGAUCUGACCACCUCAUGCUCACUGUAGUACAGAAAGCACAGAGCCUAGAUUUAACUGGUGCAAUGUCAAACUUAACUUUCUUCCACAUAUCCUGCAUGGGGAAAAAAAUGACUCUAUAGAAAUGCCAAAUUAAAAUAAUGCUUGUUAGUUUGUCAGAGAGUCGAAACUCAGAAGUUGCACAACAUGUUUUGCAUGUGCCUUACUUUUCUAAGAGGUUAAUGUAUUAAUUUUUAAUACAGAAUUUAAGGUUAAGUAAAAAUGUUAGACCAACUUA